CUUGUCUUGCUUUACAAUCUGAAUCAGUCCGACAGUUCAUCGUUCAGCCUCUGUCUCUCUUGUAAUCCGCAUCUCGAACGGCAUUUCCACCAGACUCCCUCGAACAUCCUCAUCACACCCUCGACUCGAAAUGUCUGCCAGCCCAUCUCCCUCUGCCGGUGGCGAUACCAAGGCCGCUGAGCAGGUUCAUUUCCGAUUCUGUCGCGAAUGCUCGAACUUACUGUAUCCGAAAGAAGACCGCGUCAACAACCAGUUGAUGUUCACAUGCCGAACCUGCCACGUCGGAGAGCCCGCCAGCUCGUACUGCGUCUACCAGAACAAGCUGAACACCCAAGUCGGAGACACCGCCGGUGUGACUCAGGAUGUGGGAUCUGAUCCUACGGUUUGUCUCCCUGAUUUCUGCACUCAUUGCGGAGAAGAAAUCACUUGUUUUGUCUGCGGAGAGGCUCCUGAAGAUGCGCGGUUUGAAGACGACCGGGAAGAAAUCUCGCCGAUUUAGGAGCGGAACAAGCCUGAUUUUGCGUCAUGGAGACAACACCUUGUAAUUUCCGUGGCUAACGUGCUCUUCUUUCUUUGACUUUAGCUUCCCCGGUCCAACAAGCUCUGCCCGAGCUGCGGUGAAGCCGAAGCUGUCUUCUUCCAGUCCCAGCAGCGAUCUGCGGAAACCGGAAUGAAACUUUACUACGUCUGCUGUUCUUGCGGUAAUGUCUUCGUUUGAUUCUUGAUGUGUUAUCACCGCGGUGAUAUGUCCGAUACCCAAUUUGAUCUUAUUGCAUGGUCAUGGAGUUUUUGUUUGCAGAGGCCAAGGGGAAAAGAAAAUAUUCUAUUGAUACAGACUAGAUAUGUGUAAUAAACAAUUCGCUUUCAUGGGGA